CACUGGACACCCUGAUAGUAGACCAGCUGGGCUGCAUGGCACUGGCCAGCCCCGAGGGUCCGGCACACGACGAGAUCAUGCGGAUGUUCACCGUCAUCACCGUGGAGGCUGCCAGCGCCGCCUACCAUCACACUGAUGAUAAGAAGCAGUACCGGUGAGUACAUCAUCACUGGACACCCUGAUAGUAGACCAGCUGGGCUGCAUGGCACUGGCCAGCCCCGAGGGUCCGGCACACGACGAGAUCAUGCGGAUGUUCACCGUCAUCACCGUGGAGGCUGCCAGCGCCGCCUACCAUCACACUGAUGAUAAGAAGCAGUACCGACACGUGUCAGGCGCCGUACUAAACGCGCUCGCGAACAUAGCGGCGAACGUUCGCGGCACUACGGCUCGACUCGAGCUGCUCACUCGACUGCUCGAGCUGUUCGUACAACUGGGACUGGGCGGAGAGGGGAUUAAACAUAAAUGUUACUAG